GCCUCAUCAAUAGUCUAGUGUGACGGUUCUUAAACCUGGCACACGUUGGAACCAUCACAAGGAAGACUUAAAACCCGUCCUCCUAAGUUAUACUCUACAAGGAUUUCAUCUUUAAAGCGCUGGAGUAGGUCUUAGAAGCCUGUCAUUUACACAGACUCGUCAGAUGAUGCUGAACAAACAGAAAGCCCGCGAGUCACAUUUUGAAGAAAACUAAAGGUGAACAUGGAGACAGUGGAAUCCUCUUCUGCGGUGUACACCGGUAGACGCCACCGCAUGUGCAAAGGGCGUGCUGAUGACAAACCUGCAAAUGGAGCGGAGGAGACUCGACAGGCAGAGAUUGGUGUGUUAGCCAAGACGUUCAUUGACCAAGGGAAACUCAUCCCAGAUGAUGUCAUGACUCGGCUGACCCUUCAUGAGCUGAAAAACCUCACCCAGUGUAGCUGGCUGUUGGACGGUUUCCCAAGGACACUGCCACAGGCAGAAGCACUGGACAGAGCUUAUCAGAUAGACACAGUGAUUAACCUGAAUGUGCCCUUUGAGGUCAUUAAGAAACGCCUCACUGCACGUUGGAUUCAUCCAGCCAGUGGCCGAGUGUACAACAUCGAAUUCAACCCUCCCAAAACUGUGGGCAUUGAUGACUUGACGGGAGAGCCUUUGACUCAGCGGGAGGACGACAGACCAGAGACAGUGAUCAAGAGGCUGAAGGCUUAUGAAGCCCAAACAGAGCCGGUCUUAGAAUAUUACCAGAAGAAAGGAGUACUGGAAACAUUCUCUGGAACAGAAACCAACAAGAUCUGGCCCUAUGUAUACGCUUUCCUACAGACAAAAGUCCCAGAAACGAACCAGAAAGCUUCAGUGACCCCCUAAUGACAGCGGACAGGAUCCUUGGCCUUGCACCAAGCGGCUCCUUUCUGAGAUACGGCAUGUACGACUUCUUUACAAGUGUGAUCAGUUCUUACUGACUUUAUCCCCAUGUUACUAAUGAGGUGCCAAAUGAGUCAGAUAUGGAGACUGAACUUCCAGAUCACCCAGUGUGGGUAUCCAGUUGCUGUCUGUAGGAGGGCAAUGCACAAACAUAAGGGAUGCUGAAAACUUAAAAAAAAAAAAAAAACAAAAAAAACCAACUCACAGCCAGAAUUUUAAAAGAACUGUUGGUAGUAAUCUAGCUUUUUGUUCAGAGCAGUAGUUCAUAAAAUUUUCAUAUUUUUCUGGAAAAGUAAAAAAAUAAUUAUCACUUGGACCAAAUAUCUCAUUAGAGGCUUUUGAAUAGAACAGUCCCUCCAAAAAGAUGUUUUCUGGCUAAAUGGGCCAUUGUUUGGGGAGACACUCUAGUAUUCCAGAAAAAGAAAAAGCAACUGGAUUUAUAGAUCUGCUAUAAGAUGCAAACUCACAGUUGCCUUCACACUAAAAACACAUAAGCUAGCCAUGUUUGCUGCUUAUCCUCAGACAUACCUUCAGUUUAAUUAGAAUUUUUUACGUGCCAAAAAUUUAUCAAUUAUCAUAAGAAAAUAUCCUAAUAUGGCCUUUUCAAAAUAUGUGUACUGUGGGAUACAGUUUAUGCUAGAAGUCUAUAUUCUAAGUUCUUUACCAGCACCAACACUGAAUCAACUUUCUACUGACAAAUAAGUCUUGGGCUGCACUUUCAGAUAGUUCUCAGGUUAAGAAACAUGUGUUAGGAUCAAACUGUCAAUUUCUGUUUUUGAUCCAAAUAUGUAUUCUGCUUUAAUAACCAAGUUGUAGUAAAAAGUAAGAGAACACUCAUGUUACUAAAUAAAGAGGCAGUUUGUCAUUAAGGAAAUAAUAGAUCAGAUAUACCUGGGAAAUAUUCCCUUGGCCUAAGUAUUAGCGAACAGCUUUAGCAAUACAAAAUAGGUUUAAAAGGAACAUGACAGUAACUGAGUUCCCCUGAAGGAAAUCUCUGGAUUGAAGACCUUGAAUCCCAUCCCCAUCCAAUCCCUGGAGUGCUAAGUUCUAUAGGUGUGCACCACCAUCUCUUGAAGGCAAAGAAUACUUCUGGUGUCAUCUAAGCAGCAACCCCCACCUACUGGGGAGCCACCUCAGAGCACCUAACCCUGAGCUACAUUCCUGGCCCUUAAGAAUCUUGCUAUGUAUGUAGUUCAUGCUGCCCUCGAAGUCAUGAUUUGCCUGCCUCAGCCUCCUGAGUGCUGAAAUGACAGAUGUGCACUGCCACAGCCAGUGUGAGCACAUGGAUGCAUUGUGGCUUGGCAGAAGCGGGACAAUAGGCAUUUUACUUGGUGCUCAAUCAAAUGAUUCAAGCCCUCAUUCAAGCUGUUACUGCCUUUGGAAUUUUGCCCCAUUUGAUUCCAGACGUUUAAAGUACAAAUGCCAGCAAGUGGGUUCUUGUGUAUUUGGGGGUAGUGGAGGGACUUUUCUUGAUUUUCAAAAAUCCAUUGUUGAUCUUUCAAAACAGACUAAGUCUUUUAAAAAGAAUUACAGUAUCUUGUGCUUUAUCAAAGUUUGAUGGUGCCUUAGUUGAAUGUCAUUAUGUACUUUCUAAAAAUAUUGUGAGCUACCUAAAACUCAUGAAUCAGCAGUGACCAGGUCUGCAUUAGUCUUUGUUACAGUAUAAGGAGACAUCAGCACUGUGUUAUUACUUACUUCUCGGUCUUCAGUCUUUCUCAGGUCCACUCCACCCACCUUCCUCUCUGCUGGUGUGCCCUCUCACAGGCUGCUUUCUCUCCUAAUAAAUUGUAUUAAGCAGUA